GAAACCCCAGCCAGGCUGUUCGCAGGCCUCCCGAAAGGGGAUUGUAGCUGAGUGUGGAGUUGAGCACUGUAGAGUAAGGACGUGGAUUGUGUCGGGAACUGAACAGUAUGGAACUCUUUCAUUUGGGCGUGUAGUGUGUGUACUGUGGAUCUGUGAAUGACUGUACUCAACAUGUUCCUGUAUGUGGCUGUAUACACGCAGUGUCACACAACGGUGUCACAUUUUGUAACCAAAGAGAGGCAUCUCCUCUUCUGUUGAUAUUGGACAUCUCAGGUCCAUCAUCACUGAUGCUGAUGCUACGAGGCGAAGCGUAGAAACCGUACCUGAUUACUGAGGAGAUGGAGCUACAAGCGUAAUACGAGUUCAACUUUUCUGAGGGAUACAAUAAGACUGUUGAGGUUCUAGAUGGAGGGAACGGUUGGCAGGAAACCUCGGGUGAGAGACCUGAACGCUCAUUUGAUCUGCUUUUUGUGCGGCGGUUACUAUGUGGAUGCAACGACCAUCGUAGAAUGUCUGCACUCAUUUUGCCGCAGCUGCAUCGUGCGACACCUUGAGGCCAGCAAGUUCUGUCCUAUCUGCGAUGUUCAGGUGCACAAGGCCAAGCCACUCCACAGCAUCCGGUCGGACGGGACUCUGCAGACUCUGGCCUACAAGCUGGUGCCGGGUCUGUUCCAAUCUGAAAUGCAGCGCAGAAGGGAGUUCAACGCGGGCAGUGGGACCACCUGCGACCUGCAAGUGGACCCUAGCUUCUUCUCGCCCGAGGACAGCAUCAGUCUAUCACUCGAGUAUUAUGACAGCGACAAGGGUGACGAGGAAGAAGGGGAGAAUGAAACAGAAAACGAAAUCGAAAAACACAAACAGAUUCCACACAGACGUUACCUGCAGUGCCCCGCUGCCGUCAGCAUGAAUCACCUUAAGAAGUUCAUCCGCAUGAAGUACGGUCUGAGGUCGGAGCAUCGGGUUGACAUCAUCUACGCCGGGGAGUGUCUCAGAGACGACUUCUGCCUCAUGGACGUGGCCUACACUUUCUCAUGGAAGCGGAUUGCACCUAUGAGGUUCAGUUAUCGGAUCUUCCAUCCACCUGUGUACGUCCCAAUGGCAGUGCCGCCGAUCAGAGUUUCCAGCAGAAUCCAACCAGAGUUACAACAGCAGCCCCCACAGCAGGAUGUGCCCGAAGAACCCGAUGACCACCCGAAUAAACAGGAUCAGUCCGUGUCACCUUCCCAUUCAGCGUCUGUGUCCGAAAACUCGGACACUGCACCGAAUAAUGUUGAAACUGGGAACACCGUGGACGUAAAAGAAGUUUCUUCUGAAAGCAGUGCUCCGAGCCCAGAAGGAACAACAUCGGUGGAAGAAGGAACACUUCCUCAGGAUGAUGCAACGGAACCAGAGACUAAGAAGAUGAAGUUAGAUGAAGACUGUGGGGAACAUACAGACACGAAUGAUACAAAACCACAGAAGGAAGAAAAUGUGGAGCAGGAAGCGAUAAUGGAGGAGAAGCGACAGACGCGGAGGAGAAAAAGGUCUAGCGACAGUGACCAGGAACAUGACGAUGAUGAUGCGGGUGGCGGUACUGCCCCUUCUGCUACUAGUACUGCUGCUGCUGCUGCUACUACAACGACGUCGACUACUACUACUACUAGUAGUAGUACUAGUAGUAGUAGUACUGCUACUGCUUCUCCUACUGCUACUGCUACCGUAUCUGACGUCGCUUCUAACGCUUCUCCGAGCAGCGAAGAGACGAACGCUAAUGAAGAAGUGACGUUGGCAAACGUUCUCUCCCACGACGACGCCUCUUCUGACGAAACGGUCAUGAAAGAAAGUUGUACUGCAUCUGAGGAGGUUGAGGAAGUAUCAGUUAUGCAGGAAGAGGAAGCGCUCGUAGAGGAAAGCGGAUGUGUAGAGGACAAUUCUGCUGCUGAGGGCGUCGUGGAUAGUGCAGGUACAGAAGAAGCCACUGUUGAGGAAGGGGUUGGGAGUGCUGCGAGAGACGGGGAGGACGACGACAAGGACGACGACUUUACGCUAAGAAUGUCUUCUACAGAAGAUGAGGAGGGAGGUGACGAGGACAUCACAGUCGCCACAAAGGCUGUUACAAAGCAGGAAGAGAUAAACGAGGACAAACAGGUGAAAGAAGUGGAGGAGAGAAAAAAGCUGAAGGCGAAGAAAGAUGGAAGGAAGAAGAGCAAACACAAAUCGAAACAUCAUCAUCAGGAGAAUUCUACUCGGAAGCGCAAAACACAUCGUUCAGAGUCGACACCCACCAUACUGCAGUAUCAGGAAGACGUGAUGAAACUGAAGGUGAAGCUAGGUUCUAUUAAACCAAUGAUGUCACAUCGACAUCACCACCAUCACCACCACUCUAAGCACAAUCGGAAGAACCAGCUGGAACUGAGUGCUCCGGACACUAACAUUGGCUUGCGUUCUAAUGGAGAAUCCAGCAGUAGUCUCAGUGCGACGACGUCAGCCAAAGAGCGCUUGCUGCAGAUGAGGGCAGUAAGGCACAAGAACAUCAACACCACGCCCGCCACAAACAGCACACCAGUGAAGGACGACGUUAACAGCAGAGCGAAGAAGACGGACGUACUGAUGCCACCAUCCUCCAUCACUGUCAGCAAAGUGAGCAUCGCUGAUAAACGUAAAUUCGAAGCACAAAAUGCAAGCAACAGUAGUAAUAUUGGUGAAGAGACUAAGAGACCAUCGCUGGAGAUCAUGCUUGUGAACUCACCCACUACGGCCUCUGCGUCAACACCCUGCAUGACCGUUGCCACUACAUCGGUCUCUGCAAGUAACACGGCUGAAACCUGUGCUACUGUCAGGACUCCAGAUCAUGGCAGCUACAAACCCCUACCCACUAUUCCUCUCGUGAGGAUUAGAAAGACUUCAGUGACGUCAAUUCGACCUCCAUCAGGCCUGACCAUCACUCCCAAGAUUCCAACAACGAUAAGUCUUUCUGCCAAUACCACGACUACAAUAUCGAAGACUCCCAUUCCUAACACCGCGGUUACAGUAACAGAAACCGGAGAUCAUGCUAAGGAGGAGGCAGGUCGAGAACAAAGCGGUCCCGUGGACGACGAGCAGGCCAUGAGGCAUGAUGAUAUUGGUGCACUAGAUCUAUCGGGAAAGUCAUCACGAUGUAAAACAGCUUCCAGCCCUACAGUUGCGUCAGGUUUUCCGUCACCACCAUCACCAGUCCAGAAGAGUUCGAGCGGAACGGUUUCUUCAACGCAUCAGAGUAUCUUGUCAAUAGCACAAAGCUUGGUUCACAGGCAACUCCAACAGCAACAUGGGCUCAUUAACGUUACCGCGUCGUCUGGCGGGAAGGUGUCUAAAUCCCCUGGUACCGAUAGCUUGGGUACUACUGUACAUCCAGUAGUAUGCGGAAUGAGCAACUUGAAGACGUUGUCAGACACGGCAGUGCGCAUCCGAAAUGAAAUGGCUGCUAAGGGCGACAAGUGUGUCAGAAGCGGUGGAACAGUUAAGCCACAGCUGCAGCAGAAACCUGCAGCUCUUUCAGUACAAAUGACCUCUGCUUCCGUAGCAGCUUCCCCUACGUCCGUAAUAGGACGUUCAUCAGUUUCAGUGACCUAUACUUCCAAUAGUAACCCUCGUAGUGGCCUGUCGCAGCCUCCCACGCGAUCUCCUUCUGGUCAUCAGCAAUACCAGGCACUAUCAAAUAACUCUAUACCACCUCUACGUAUUCCGAUCCCACCCACCGCACUCAACAAGGCAAGCGGUCCCCUGGGUGCUAGCUCCCGAGCUGGCAGUAUGCCACGGCUCCAUGAGUUGUAUCCUUCCGCGCAAGGAACCAUGGGCAGAGGAAGAGGCCUCAUGUCGGGACUUCAAAAUCGCAGUGGGAUAAAUAAUCACACGAAACCAGGCCCGAACCAGGCCGUCAGACAUAUCCCAAACCCCUCCGCGUUGCUGUUCCGGCAACAGCAAAACAGUUCUGCAGCGCAGAACAGACUUUCGGCCGUGAACAAGCCGCUGUUUAACAAUCAGAACAGCUUCAACAAUUCGACUGUCAAAGCCAGUGCGUCUACUCCUAUAGUACAAGCAGCAGCAACUCCAGUGUCGUCGUCUAUACGGAAAAUGGAAAACAUGACGCGCAAUAUUGAAAAAGUGGCUGCGGGCCUCACAGUCAGAGCUGUAGAGGCGCACAGCAAGUGAGGCGUAAGUCCAGUUUUAAAUGGGCUUAUUAUUAAGAGACAUCCGCGAGGUAGUAAUUGUUGUAAAUCGUUGUACGAGAGAUUGGUGUAGAUGUGCCAACAUUCUUAUGUCAGCUAAGUUUUUUCGGUAGCGAAUAGGUUGUGCGUUAAUUCACAGUGUGUCUAUGUUUUGGAAUGUUUUUAUCGUAUAAGAUUAGAUAAUAAGAUACACAGUUAUCGAUCGUAUUCCAAGCAAAAUUCUGUUAACACUUUCUUUAGGCAAAAAAUUGAUGGUUACAUUGUCAAUAUUAGUCGAUGAAUGUUCAUUGUCAGAGUCAAUAAAUGUCCAUUUUAAGACCAUC